AUGACGAAGGGCACAACAUCUUUCGGAAAGCGUCAUAACAAAACCCACACACAAUGCAGGAGAUGUGGCCGCAAAUCAUACCACAUCCAAAAGAAGACCUGCGCUGCAUGUGGGUAUCCGUCUGCUAAGAUGAGAAAAUACAACUGGUCUGAGAAGGCUCGCAGAAGGAAGACGACAGGUACUGGUCGCUGCCUACACCUAAAGUCUGUCCAUCGUCGUUUCAAGCAUGGGUUCAGGAGUGGGCCUCCGAGGUCAAAACCUGUGAAGUCAAACUGA